AUGAGGUUUCUUUACGGUUGGAGAAGGCCUCAUGGCUGCCUCAAGGCUAAGAGAAAGGGGAAAUGGUCACGAGAUUCACUUCCCCUUGUCCUUCAACCAAACGUUUCCUGGCCCACGACUAGCACCGGUUGCUCGCCGUCCAUGGCAUCCUCCAGCAACCACAGAACGUCAACGACACCGCCUUCCGCAUUCUCCUCGCAGUCCAGGGCAAGACCCAUCUCACGUCGGACAGCUAGUUCAUAUGACGGCCGGACGUUCCAGGACGUAAUUCAGCACCAUAGGACUCCUUCGUCGGCGGCGGGGCCCUCCACACGCCCCCAUCCUUUCACCCGCCCUGUAUCUCCCAUGGCACCGACACUAUCCACUGCAAGUGAUCCCCGCUUCUCCCGACUGUUUAACACCGUCCUCGGUUCACCGUUCUUGACGACUGCUGAACCGUUGCCUCACCUCGAGCUGGAGGCCAUGGAUUCCAAUGCACCCGCUUCUGAUCAUAGACCAGCCUCGCCUACGCCAACAGCGGAUUUCUCUAUUAUCGAUAUGGAUCCUGAAGAUAUAGAUCCCAAUCCGUUCAUCCCGGGAAGCUAUCCCACAGGUCAUUCCAGACUCAUAUCGUCGUCCAUCCCCUCUCUGACCUUCUCUCGCGGACGCCAAAUGUCGACGUUGGCAGGAACAUCUUCCAGCUAUGCACAGACCCGCGAUCGGCAGACCCAUCCUCAGCAUUCUAGUUCACUUAAGGCGCUUCUCCCACGUCUCUGGGAUGCCCUAUCUUCUCCUGGCCGCACCAUGCUCAGCCUUUCUCCUUCGAUGAACGUAAACUCUACGUCACCCUCGUCAUCACGUUCUUCUUCCAGAACUGCCUCUCCAUCCGCACCACCUCAUCAUCUCCCUCCUCAGUCGUGGUAUGCGCAGAACGGCACUCCAAGUGGCAGACACUCACCUGUAUAUUGGUACACCGGCUCGAACGGCAAAGGGAAAUGCAAAGCGAAGGGAAACGACCGCACUGGAAGUCGGUCAGACCUCGACGAAAAUAUCAACUACUCCGAGCUUCCUCCUUUGGACGGAGAGGAGGGAGAAUUAAUCGAUGAGGCUUGUUUCAUCGAUCCACCAGACGCUACUGGGAUCGAUAUUCUCUCCAAGCUUCCACCAGAGCUUGCGUUGCAUAUUCUGACCUUUAUCUGUCCCCCUCCUCUCUCUCCUUCCACGUUUUACCUAAACACCUCAGCAUCUCCCGGCAGAAGCAGAGCCAUCAGUAAUGAAGGUGAUACCGCACCCCACGAGGCGUUGAAAGCACUUCUUUCUUGUCGCUUAGUCUCGCAUACAUGGUGUCGUCUAGCAAGCGACAACGCCGUCUGGCGCGCCUCGUUUCUGGGUCGGUGGAAUAUCGAUUUGAGACGCGCUGUUGACACCGCCUCUGGGACAGAAGGGCCUGAGAGGGGUGUACGAGCCACCAUGGGCAAGACAUGGGAUUUCAACCUCCUCGACAUCACCCCGAAAGCGCGGCGCGUCCUCGGGCUUGGGUGUAUCGACGCACCUCCUACCAGUGCGCCUCUCCAACUGGACUGGCGUGUGCUAUAUCGCGAGAGGCUUGAGCUCGAUAGGCGGUGGGCUGGAACAGCCCGUGGUGCUACUUUUGGCCAUGAUUAUGCUGUUGCUGCGCAGUCCACGAGGCGGAUGGGUGGCGUUUACAGCGGCUCGUUCUUGGGUACUCCAUCUUCUGUAUCUGGUGGCAACUUCGAAAUGGGCGACACUUGCGUGCACAAGACGUUUGAGCCUAAACUGCUGAAAGUUGGUGGCCAUACUGACAGUGUAUAUUGUCUAGAGUUCGAUUCGCGGCGUAUCAUCACAGGCUCUCGCGAUCGCACGAUCAAAGUGUGGAGUCUGCGGACCGGCGAGUGCCUUGGAACCUUUGGUGGCGCGCAUCGUGGCAGCGUUCUCUGUCUCAAGUUCGAACAAGACUGGGAUCGCAACUGGGAAGAUCACUCGCUGUCUGAUGUCCCACGAGACAGCCGAGGCAAUCCAAAGGCCAAGGAGGACGCGCGCCAAAGAAAGGGCUUUAUGGUCAGCGGGAGCAGUGACUGUAGUAUUUGCGUCUGGGAUCUCCACCUCGGUCCCCUUGUCGAGUCCGAUGAUGCGUCGGUAAUGAGUGAUGAGAAAAGGAACCGUAGAAGGGAUGACGGUGACAGGAUGGUUGAAGCAGAAGUUAAGACCGUCCUGAAAGGACAUUCUGGUGGUGUGCUCGAUCUUCGCAUUGAUAGGCGUUGGAUCGUCAGCUGCUCCAAGGAUGCUGUUAUUCGGGUUUGGAAUCGCGAAACUCUAGAAUUGCACCGUACUCUGCGAGGGCACGAAGGUCCUGUCAACGCUGUUGGGCUGCAAAGUGGGAAAGUGGUUAGCGCAAGUGGUGAUGGGAAGAUGAUUUUGUGGGAUAUCGAGAGCGGUGAACGCCUCAGAACGUUUGAGGGUCAUGAUCGAGGAUUGGCAUGCAUUGAAUUUAAGGACGACUUCAUCGUGUCCGGCUCAAACGACUGUAAGAUCAAGGUCUGGAGCGCUUCGACAGGUGAAUGUCUUCGCACUUUGGUUGGACACGAAGCCCUUGUGCGAGCGCUCUCUUUCGAUCCCCGGACCGGACGUCUUGUCAGCGCAAGCUACGACAAAUCCGUGAAGCUAUGGGACCUCGGUAGCGGCAAACUGGUGCGCGAGUUUAAAGGACCGGAAGUACACACGAGUCAUAUUUUCGAUGUCAAGUUCGACGUUGCGCGAAUCGUCAGCACCUCGCAUGAUCAGAAAAUUGUUGCCCUGGAUUUCUCUGUAGGCCUCGACGCUGCUCUCUUCGUAUGA